AUGUCUGUUGCGCUUCAGUGCCUGCCCUCCCUUCUCGAGAGCCUCUGCUCCAAAACGGAGCCUCCUUUCUGUCGUGCGAAGGGGGCACCAGAUCGUGAACCUGCCUCUGAGCUGCUGCGGCGGCGCUCCGUUGUUCAAAAGGCUGUCUCCGUGGCUGCUGUAUCCCUCUUGCCCUCCAAAGCAGGAAUAAUGCUCUUGCUGCAGAGAGCAGUCCUCAGACGUCUGCACAACCUGAGCAAACUGGGAUGGAGGCCGAAGAGAGGUUUGGUCUUGUGUUGCUGCUGUCACUACUGCCAAACGGUGUCUGCUUCCCUGCCAAAUGGCAUUUCCAAGACUGUGUAUGAAGCAACAUGA